AGGGAGAUCAGCACGGCUGUGAUCUUUGACUUUUCGGCGACAUACGUAGCAUCCGCGGCAUGUGCGUUGCGCCGAUCCUGUUUGCAGCUGUGUUGGUGGUGUAUGUGGUUGAAUGUGUGAAGGUGUAUCCGCGUUUCGAGGAGCAGUACUUCGUGCGUCGGGGCGCCAGCAGAAACACCUUCUUCCACUACCCAGUGAGGCAGGGAACCGUACCUUGCUACUGCGUCCAGGUCACUCACUCACAUUAAUUGCAUUCACAUGCACCGGAUGGAUGACUUAUGCAAUGCACUUGUCGGUCGGUCGCCGAUUGACUGUCUUGUCUGACAUGCUAUGCUGUGCUAUGCUAUGGUAUGCUGACCAGACGCCGGCCAAGGAGUACACGUUCAUUCUGUCGUCGGGCCCGCUGUUCCGGUCCACACUGUCCAACCGGAAUGCCUCAUGGUCAUGCACCACCAAGGGCGGCGGCAAGACCGUGUGCGCCUUCGUGACGACGCAGCGAGUGGUGGACCGUCCUGUGUGUGUGGAGGGCAUGAGGACUGUGGGUGCGUCCAGCCGGGGCAGUGUGGUGGUCGAGUCGCUCGAGUCGCCCUUCAUAUUCGCCAUGCGGACCAGGCAGGAGGAGGACAGGCUGCCCCACAACAAAUGCGUCACGGGGCAGAUGAGCUUCAUGACACGCCUGGUAUGCUAUGCGAUCAAGGAAGCGAGUCUGCUCUGCGUGGAUGUGAUGUCAUGUGAUGUGAUGUGACGUGAUGUGUAACCACCGCAGACGGGUCGGUUUGGGUGGGAGCGGCAGACGUUUACAUAUGAGAUGGAGUACGAGGCAUCCGACAGGGAGAAAGCCGACACAGCCAAACAACAGGAAUACGUAAGUAAAAGCCAAACGGACAGACGGACAUGGCAUGGCGCACACAGCCCAGUGGAGCACAGCAGCCUGACACACUGGACUGUGUGCCUGACCUGACUGGUCGGUUGAUGCGAUGCGAUGCCUGCAGGUGACUAAGUUCUACUGGCUGUUGAAUCGGCUGCUCAAGGACGACGUCGUGGUGGUGCUCGAUGGCUACACAUUCGACGGACACGACUCAUGGCGAAUACAGGUGGGUGGGUAGAUGCAUCGAUGACCCAACACAACCACCCAACACCCAACACGAGGGAUGCCCUCCCUACCCUCAUUCUCUCCCCCCCUCCCACCGUCAGAUCACCUACUAUGCGCCGAUGCGUGGCGUCGGCCGGGGCUUUGCUAAGCGUGUGAGCAGGUCGCCGCGUCAGGUGUUUGCGGCCGUGCUGCGCAAAACACGGCCGUCCCGCAGGAGGCGGAGGAAGCCACGGGGCGGGCCGACGGCAUCGUAUGACAUUGUCGAGGCACUUGUGCAGCCGAUGGGCGAGGCGGCAGCGCCGCUGGAGGGGUGAAUAUGCCAUAAUUGAUGCGUGACGUGACGUGACGUGACGUUUCGUGUGGUGUACAUAGCUUAGUCAGACAGAGAGAGCUGCGACUUCUUCGAUCGUAUAUAUAUAGAUAAACUUCAUGAUGGCUGCACAGACAGACAGAGAAUUCGCUGAUCAGAUUGAUGUGUAGAGAGUGAGUGUAGGUAGGGUGGUAGCAAUUGGUUGGUGUGCAUUGUAUGCGCGUAGAGACAGACAGACAUACAAACAGGCUUGUUUGAUGCUAUGCACGCAGUAGCUAUAGCUGUCAACCAACCAAUAUCAGCG